AUGUUCCGAACUGCCUUUUGUUUUGUGCUCGUUUGCCACGUCCUCUUGGCUACAGUCGAAUGUGUCAACGGGUUCGCUUCGGACGACGCGCGAGCUGCUGUGGAAAGCGUGACGCACGUGCGCGUGGUGGAUCACGUGGACAGGACGGCCCGCAGUCUCCAGGCAGCUGAGACUGCAAUGGAGACUUUGCUCGACGAACGGGAGGAGCUUGAAGACCGGGGGUAUUUUAGUGAGAUCGGAGAUAAACUUGGAGGCGCAGUGGCACGUGUUGCAAGAGCAUUUACGGCUCCAAGCGAUGUGGGCAUCGAAGCCAAUAAGAUGAGGCAGACCCUGUCGAAUGAUGAAGUUUUUCUUGACGCGGUGGCUGGAUUAGAUCAGCUUAACAGCCUCAAAGCUGACGAACAGACUUUGAAGGUUCCUGCGAAGGCUGAGACCAUGCCAAAGAUUCAGGACCUGGUGGACGAGACCAAAGUUGAUCCAGCAAUUGUCAAGCUCAAGGCAAACGGACAGACUUCCGAAGUCCCUGCGAAAGCUGAGGGCGUGGCAACGAGCAAGGACCCGAUGGACGAGACCAAAGUUGAUCCAGCAAUUGUCAAGCUCAAGGCAAACGGACAGACUUCCGAAGUCCCUGCGAAAGCUGAGGGCGUGGCAACGAGCAAGGACCCGAUGGACGAGACCAAAGUUGAUCCAGCAAUUGUCAAGCUCAAGUCAAACGGACAGACUUCCGAAGUCCCUGCGAAAGCUGAGGGCGUGGCAACGAGCAAGGACCCGAUGGACGAGACCAAAGUUGAUCCAGCAAUUGUCAAGCUCAAGGCAAUCGGACAGACUUCCGAAGUUCCUGCGAAAGCUGAGGGCGUGGCAACGAGCAAGGACCCGAUGGACGAGACCAAAGUUGAUCCAGCAAUUGUCAAGCUCAAGGCAAACGGACAGACUUCCGAAGUCCCUGCGAAAGCUGAGGGCGUGGCAACGAGCAAGGACCCGAUGGACGAGACCAAAGUUGAUCCAGCAAUUGUCAAGCUCAAGUCAAACGGACAGACUUCCGAAGUCCCUGCGAAAGCUGAGGGCGUGGCAACGAGCAAGGACCCGAUGGACGAGACCAAAGUUGAUCCAGCGAUUGUCAAGCUCAAGGCAAACGGACAGACUUCCGAAGUUCCUGCGAAAGCUGAGGGCGUGGCAACGAGCAAGGAUCCGAUGGACGAGACCAAAGUUGAUCCAGCAAUUGUCAAGCUCAAGGCAAACGGACAGACUUCCGAGGUCUCUGCGAAAGCUGAGGGCGUGGCAACGAGCAAGGACCCGGUGGACGAGACCAAGGUUGAUUCACCGAAUGAAUCGGGAAGACACUCUGUCAGUGACUCUGACAAAAAUAGAGCGGAGCUGAAUCUGAUCAAGGCGCUCAAUCGGGACAUCAAGGUAGAGGAACUCCGCAGAAAGCUCAAGUUCUCUACAAUCACGCAGGUCAUUGUGCUUUCAAUAAUCGUGGGCAUUGCUGCUAUAGCUUCCGCUAUUGUACAGCGUAAGGAGGCAAUAGCUGAGGCAAAGUCGAAUGCCUAA